GUUAAACACAUGUCCAGUUGAAAAUUGCAACUGGUUUUUGAACAAUUGAAUGUUUUGUGUUGAAAUAAUAGGCUAUAAAAACCAUGGUUCAAUUAAAAUUCAACGACGCUGUGGUACAGCAGAAUUGUCAUGUAGAGAAUCCUGUUCUCGUGACAAAAAUAAAUGCAAAUGACUCAACAGCCACGGCGUUUAUUAUUUGGAAAUAUUCAAUAACAACAUGGAAAUGUGAAUAUUACUGCAUAAAAAAUUCCGAUCUUACGGGAAACGUUUACAUUUCUGAGAAUACAAAUCUUCAUUCAGCUUUAAAAUUUUGGUCAGAUCUGCUAGCAUCUGUUCCUGGUCGAGUUGUGGUUAUCACAGACGCACGCUUUGAAAACUCAACAACAGAUAUUCGUGUCACAACCCAUGAAAUACAAGUUACUCGAGCUAGAAAAGGGCUAGAAAGGCUUCGAAUUACGGGUGAUGGCGAAAGUGAUGCUUAUUUGUUCACAAGAAAAUACUUCAAUGCCAUGAAUGAUCUGAAAAAUGGCACAGAGAAAGAUCGACAACGGUUUAAAGAGCAUAUCCAAAAAAUCAAGUCACCAAAUUCAGUACAUUUCGAACGUGUUGUUAUUUCAUAGGAUCAUUCAAGGGUCUGUAUUUCCCAGUUUUAUAUAUAUCUUUAAAAAUAUAACACUUACAUAGAGUUUAAAUGUAUAUAAUUAAAUGUAUAUCACAGACGGCAAACAAUGCUUA